AUGCUUCUAACAGACCAAUACCCUGGUAUAAAUUCUAAAGAAUUUAAACAAUUCCUGGAGAGAGAAAACAUAAGAAUGGUUUUCACUGCUGUGGAUGCACCAUUUUCAAACGGACUUAACGAAAGACUAAACCAAACAUUAGUAAACAAGAUCAGAUGUAAAAUAAAUGAAAAUAAUAAGAAAACAGCAUGGACUACUAUUGCACAAAAGUGUGUAGAAAAAUACAAUGAGACAGAACAUACAGUCACGAAGUUUGCCCCAAAGUAUCUUUUAGAAGGUGAAAAUGUAAAUGUUCUACCACUCGAAUUGAAAAAAACAUGUACAAGAGAAGUCCUAAAAAGAGACAGGAAACUAGCUCUUAAAAACACCAUAAAAUCACACAACCAUAAUAAAAAAAUAUUUGAUUUACACAGGCAGAAUCAUAAUUUUAAAAUUGGAGACAGAGUAUAUGUGGAAAACGGUAAUAGAUUGAAUAGGAAGAAAUUGGAGGAGUUAAGGAUUGGACCAUACAAAAUCCUGAAGAAAAUCUCAAACUCAAUCUAUGAAAUUGAUAUCGGACACAGAAAAGAAGAGUCAAAUUUCUACCAUGUGACAAAACUGACUCCAGUGGAGGUGUAUGUUGGUAAAUAA